ACGACUGGCCACAGAAGGUGGGGGCUGAGAGCUGGGUCUCUGAGUGUGUCCAACUAGCAAUGACAAGAAGAGGGGGAAGAAAAGUACCCGCUUCAAUAGGAGAAGCUUGAGCAAGUGCUUCGAAUCCUGUAUCUUGGCAACAAGGCUUCUGUUCAACAUUGAGGAGGGGCGUGGCGUGAGAGGACUUGCCUUUUAAUACCAUCAGAGAAGGACUCUCCUGAGCUGUUCUUGCAGACCUUUUUUUUCUUCUUUUUUUUUUUAUCUUGAGUUAAAAAGAAUCUGGUUUUAUUUUCAGAUUUAAGAAGCAGGGCUAGUUUUGUUUUUUUCCAAUUCUUUUUGAAGCGGGAGUGCGACAGAUUAGCAUGGUUCAGUAUUGGGACAUCAUAUACAGAAGGUGGUUCAAGAGACCUCUCUGAGUGCAAUGUUUGCCCUGGCUUUGCAUUAUCUGAAUUGGAUUGUGACGUAAUUUGCAAAAUCUUUAAUAUAAAUUUUAAAGAUAGUCGAGCAGCUCAUGAAGAAAAGGUUACACAACUUAAAGGAAAGGUGGAAAGAAGACAUUGAACUAGAAGGCACUUGUUAAAAUGCAAAAACUGAUUUUUAUAUGUUAAAUAUGAUAGUCUGAUUAUAAGCCAAACAAGAAUGACAUCACGGAGUCAUAGCUAUUUGCACCGUGCUCUCCUUACACCCCGAUGGGUAUCUGAUGGGGCCCUCAGUGGAAUAGCAGAAAUCACCUCCUUCCUUUACCUUGGUCGCGGCAGUGUGGCAUCAAAUAGGACUCUCCUUUUGGCCAAAGGCAUCACCUGCAUUAUCAAUGCUACAAUCGAAAUCCCAAAUUUCAACUGGCCUCAAUUUGAAUAUGUGAAAGUUCCUCUGUCAGACAUGCCCCAUGCUCCUAUAUCCUUAUAUUUUGACAGUGUGGCCGAUAAGAUACACAGCAUAGCUAGAAAACAUGGUGCCACCUUGGUGCACUGCGCAGCAGGCGUUAGCCGAUCGGCAUCUCUCUGCAUCGCCUACUUGAUGAAGUAUCACAAGGUGUCCCUUUUAGAGGCUUACAACUGGGUCAAAACAAGACGACCUGUAAUAAGACCCAACAUUGGAUUCUGGAGACAACUGAUUGAGUAUGAACGGAAACUGUUUGGAAGAUGCUCAGUGAAGAUGGUGCACACACCAUAUGGUGUCAUUCCAGAUGUAUAUGUAAAAGAGAGGAGGAAUCUGAUGCCUUACUGGAGAAUUUAAUGAAUCACAGCACUGCAUCCAGAAUAAAAUACAAUGUAGAAGAUUAAGAAGCUCUUUAAUUAGUUUUGUGAAUCUUGAGAACACAUCCUCAUACCUAGAAUUUAUCUGCGACCAUAAUGUAGCAAGAACAAUUGUUAAUUGAAUAAAUGCCAAAGGAUGAAUUAGAGGAACAUUCCUAGCACUAUGCAAGCAGUUUGGUGACGUACAUGAUGUCUGCCGGGAACUAGUCACCUCCUCUGUGAGAACCAGAAGUUCGUUGCAUUGACCCAAGCUUGGAAGUACAAGAUAUCUCACUGGUGGCAAACAGUUAGCUGACACUCUCAAGCAAUGAGGUGGAACUGCACAGGAGGGCUUAGCUCAGGAGAGCUAAUGGAAAAUCUGCUGGCAAUGGAGGAGGUGACUGUCCUCCAGUGGACCCCAAGUAAGUAGUCUAGCCAUUAGCAAAUGGUUUGACUACUUACAUUGCACUGUAGUGGUUAUGGUGCUUGGAGUGUUUCUUAAAGAGAUUUCAUGCAACUUCCUCUAGUUAUCCAUAUAAACAGCAAAGAUAAACCAAGAUCCAAAUAGAUGUUUCAAUGCUGCAUAUUACAGGACACAUACAAAACAUAUCUGAAUACAUGAUGUAUGCAUUUUUGUGGGUAUUAUAUUAUUAUUUUUUUAAUGUUUAGCCUUUUUUUUCAUCCCGAUAAAUCCACUACAUUCAUCAGCAGUAGUAUAUUUUGUCAGACUCCCUGAAAAAAACGUAAAGUAAAUAGAAAAUGAAUGCUUCAACAUGUUAUGUAACUAUCUUGCUGUAUACAACUUGAUAAGCUACUGCAUGAUUGCUAGGGGGAAUACAGGGUGUUAAUAGCUCAUUAAUAAAUAAAUGAUAUAUAUAUAUAUAUUUUUUACAUUAACAUGCACAUGAUAGCUCAGAAGAACUUGGUUAAGUUUGUAUUGCAUGCAUGGUGUAAAGAUAACAGCAACUGGAUUUAAAUAUAGGGUCCCUGGAACCUUUGUUUCAAGAUAUAUUUCUCCAUAUGCAAAGGGAGGGUUUUGCCUGUGCUUUAUCACGGACAGGUAACAACUGAAAACUUAGCAAAUGUUUGAAAAUGUUUAAUAAAUAUUCUGUUCACCAAA